AGACAUUUUUGUUACGUGAGAAAACUCCUAAGCGGAAGAAGAAAGCUGCAGCCAGUAAAAUGUCUGCAGUUUAUUCGCCGCAGCCGCCGCCGUCGCAGCAGCAGCCACCGGCACAGCAUCCGCCAGGAUCUGUGCAGUUGCCGCCACCGCAGGCGCCGCCACAGCAACAGCAGCAAUCACAACAACAGCAGCAACAACAACAGCCGCCUGGCAGUGGACAAGGGCCGCCAGGUGGCGGCGGAGUUGGCCCCAUGGGACCGAUGGGUCCGAUGCAGCAACGCGUUGGCCCUGGCCCCGUUGGCAAUCCCGUUGGUGGUGUCGGUGUUGGGGUUAUGAUGGGCACACCACCAAAUCCGAAUCCACAACGUGGCGGCGUGCCCACUCAGCAAGUCAACUCGGCACAAAUACAAAAGAUGCUCGACGAGAAUUGUGGCCUGAUCCAGGCCAUACAGGACUUUCAAAAUAUGGGAAAGUCACAGGAAUGCAUGAGUUACCACGUGGCUUUGCACAGAAAUCUGGUCUACUUAGCGCAACUCGCCGAUCCCCAAAUGAAUAUUGCCCAAAUUCUGCCUCCGCCGCAUCUAUUGCAAACGCAGGCCAUGCAACAGGGCAAUCAGCCACCGGCUCCUCAUGGCAUGUCGGGCGUGGGUGUGCCACCGCCUGGACAGCAGCAGCAGGUGCAAGGGCAACAGGGUCCUGGAGCUGGACCACCGCCGCCGGGCAGUGUCAUUCAGUCGCAGAUGAUGCAACAUGCGGGAGAUGCUGGCGUUGGUCCCGUACAAAUGCCAUCCUAUCCGGGCCAACAACCACAGCCAACGCAUCCGGGCAUGCCGCCCAGCGCUCAACAGCAAUCUCAGCAGCAACAACAGCAGCAGCAGCAACAGCAACAACAACAACAACAACAACAACAAGCCGGACAAGUGCAGCAAACGCCGCAAGUUAGCCAGGCUGGCGGACCUCAGCCGCAGGCUGCCUACCGCAACGUACAGGCCGGCGCUGGUCAGACACAGGUCGUGGUCAAUGCAGCACCCAACCAGCAGCAGCAGCAGCAGAGGCCCAACAAUGGGCCGCUGCCUCCUGGACAGAAUCAGGCCACUCCACCGCAACAGCAACAGCAGCCCCCCAACCAGCAGCAGCAGCAGCCACAACAGGGUCCGGGCUUGGUGCCGCCACCGCAAGCACAGUAUCGUGUCAGCUAUCAGCAGCAACAGCAACAGCAGCAGCAUGGCCAUUAUCCGGGCUAUCCGCCUCAAUCGCAGCCACAGUACCAGCCACAAAAUGCGUACCCGUAUGGACCGCCCGGUCAGGGCUAUGGGCCGCCACCUCCGCCGCCAAAUGCUCAGGCUGCAUAUCAUCAUGCGGGAAUGCCGCCAACGUCAACGGCAAGUGGUGCGCAGGGGGUGGUGCACGCUUAUCAACCGAAUCCAAACACUGGUGGUGUUGCAGCCGGUGGUCAGCAACAGCAAGCACCUCCGCCAGGUGCAUAUCCGCCGCCACCACCAGGACAGCAGGUGACGCCAGGGCAGCAACCUCCACCGCCACCAGCGCAGAUGUACGGGCCUCCACCAACGGCUGGCGGACAGGCGGGACCUCCACCGCCUGGUCCACCGCAAAGUGUACUGCCCAAUCAGUAUGGCCCACCACCGCCGCAAAACGCUGGCACAGUAGCUCCCGGGCCGCCACCUAUGGGCUACGCGGGAUAUCCGCCCAAUCAGUACGGGCAGGCGGGCACGCCCGGUGCACCGCCCGGCAACUAUGGACCGCCACCCACUAGCCAAUCCCAGUCUCCGUAUCAGGCAUACCAGCAGCCUACAGGCGCACCACCCGGCAGCUAUCCUGGGCAGCCGGUGCCCGGUCCACAAAAUGCCCAGCAGGUGAGCGUUGCUGGUACAAAUUCUGGACCGCCACCGCCGCCAGCCAGCUACAGCACAGCACCCAGCCAGACGCCUCCGCCGCCACAGCAACAGUCGGGGCCCAACCAGCAGCAACAGGCGGGCAAUCCCAAUGGCCCCAAUACACCGCAAUCGACACCACCGCCGCCCAGUUCAGUAGCUGGUGUUGCGCCCAAUCAGCAAGCGCCAGGUGCAGGCGCCGCCCAGCAGCAACCACAAUAUGCUCCACAACAACAGCAACAACAGCCACUACAGCAACAACAACAGGGACAGCCUGGACAGCAGCUAAGCGCUGUUGUUUCUGGUGUUUCACCACUGCCAACACAGCAGCAGCCAACCUACUCGACACCACCCACCAGUGUGGCUGGCUAUGGAGCACCGCAACAACAACAACAACAACAGCAACAGCAGCAGCAGCAACCCCAGGGUGGUCCACCGCCGCAACAGGGCGGUCCGCCACCUGGUGGACCACCGAAUUCGAGUGCGCCACCACAGCCAAAUGGAGCAACGCCACCUAUGGCACCAAAUCAAUAUCAGCCAGCGCCUGGUUCCCAGCCAUAUGGAGCACCACCGCCGCCACCACAGGGCUAUGGACCGCCUCCACCCGGCAGCGCUUAUCCUGGGCAUGGCUACCAUCAACCGCCCCAGGCAGGUGGCUAUGCGCAGUAUCCGCCGUCGCAGGGCUAUCAGGGCUACAGACCAGCACCAGGUGGUGCACAAAUGCCACCACCAGGCGCACCACAGGGGCCCCCACCGGCAGGUGCCUAUGGUUACUAUGGCAGUCAGCCACCACAGUGAGCACACUUAAUGGCAACGACAAUUUUCGAUUGACAGCAAGAUGGAUUACAAGACCAGAAAUACGUACCGAAAUUUUCCUUCUCGUUCUAUCGCUACACUCUCUCUCCCUGUCUCUUUCUCAUUCUGUCUCCCUCUGAGCCUCUCAUGCUCUACAUCAAUUUUCAUCACAUAAAACGGUACUUGUGUCAUGCUUUCCCAUUAGAUGCGCGCGUGCGUGCGUGCGGCAGGAAUCUAAGGCAUUAUGAAAAUACUUCUAAACAUAUAUAGGAUUACAUUACUUUGUAUUUGUAGCAAUUGUAAUUGAGCCAAGCGUCGAGACGCGUCCAUUAGGCAUAUAACUCUACCAUACGCAGCAUACAUACACAUAUUUAAUUCAUACAAUUGUCAACUAUGCCUACAUAUAUACGAUCUAAUUACCAUUUUCGUUUUAAAUGUGUGCUUGCUCUUAUAUAUAUUUUUUUUUUUUAAAUUUCUAAUUACUAUCUUUAUUUUGUGUGCGUGGCUGCGUAAGUGCGUCUAUGUGUGAGUGAGUGAGUGAGUGACUAAUUUAACGUUUCGUCUUAUCCGAUUGUAAAAUGUAGCCCGCAACACGCACUUAAGUAGAAUUUUUUAAUACAAUUUUACAAUAUAAAAACAAUUUACAUUUAACAAAUGGCAGAAGAAGAAUGAGAAUAACCAUGAUUUAAGUAGUAUUUAAUGAUCAAAUAUUCCAUUAACAACAAAAAACACAAAACAUUUUUCAAAAUGGACAACGCAGCGGCCAAGCUUUAUGUGUGUUUGAGUGAGUACGGUUGCUACUGCUGUCUUGCUCAAACGCAUUGUGGCGCACGCACCCUACUCUAGUUGUAAUUGUAAGCCGAAAAGGGAUAAACGAUAAGCGAUAUAAAUUAUAUAUCGCCAUCGAUAGCAUUUACAUAAUUUGAAAUUGUAUUUAAGAAACUUCAAAUGCUAAAAAGCUCAUAAAACAAAAACAACUAUUAUUUAAAAAU